AGCCCGCGGGCCCCGAGGUGCGCCCGGUAGGCGCGAGCGCGCGCGCCCCGAAAGCAGCGAGGAGGCGGGCGCGGUGCGAGCGACUGUGCAUUAUGUGCGGCUGGGCCCUGACUUUUUUUACCGUCGCAUUUGUCUGCCUGCAAAACUGCCGGCGAGGUCCUGCCCAGGCUCUCCGGGCGGCCUGGGUGUUUUCAGUUGUUCUUGGACUGGGCCAAAGUGAAGACAAUAGAUGUGCGGAUUCAAACACAGCAUCCUGUGCCAAGUGCCUUGCGCUGGGUCCGGAAUGUGGAUGGUGUGCUCAAGAGGUUUUCGUUACAGGUGGAUCAAGGAGUGAACGUUGUGAUAUUGUUUCCAAUUUAAUCAGCAAAGGCUGCUCAGUUGAUUCAAUAGAAUACCCGUCUGUGCGUGUAAUACCAAGUGGAAAUGAAAUUAAUACCCAGGUGACACCAGGAGAAGUGUCAAUCCAGCUGCAUCCAGGAGCUGAAGCUAAUUUUAUGUUGAAAAUUCAUCCUCUGAAGAAAUAUCCUGUGGAUCUUUAUUAUCUAGUUGAUGUCUCAGCAUCGAUGCACAAUAAUAUAGAAAAAUUAAAUUCUGUUGGAAAUGAUUUAUCUAGAAAAAUGUCACUUUUCUCCCUUGACUUCCGCCUUGGAUUUGGCUCAUACGUUGAUAAAACCGUUUCACCAUACAUUAGCAUCCACCCAGAAAGGAUUCAUAAUCAGUGCAGUGACUAUAACUUAGACUGCAUGCCUCCCCAUGGGUACAUUCAUGUGCUGUCUUUGACGGAGAACAUUACCGAGUUUGAAAAAGCAGUUCACAGACAGAAGAUCUCUGGAAAUAUCGAUACGCCAGAAGGAGGUUUUGACGCCAUGCUUCAGGCAGCCGUCUGUGAGAGUCAUAUUGGAUGGCGAAAAGAAGCUAAGAGAUUGCUGCUGGUGAUGACAGAUCAGACAUCUCAUCUUGCUCUUGAUAGCAAACUGGCAGGCAUAGUGGUGCCAAACGAUGGGAACUGCCAUAUGAAAAACAACGUCUAUGUCAAGUCCACAAGCAUGGAACAUCCCUCACUAGGCCAACUUUCAGAAAAAUUAAUAGACAACAACAUCAAUGUCAUUUUUGCAGUUCAGGGGAAACAGUUUCAUUGGUAUAAGGAUCUUCUACCACUCUUGCCUGGCACCAUCGCUGGUCAAAUAGAAUCAAAGGCUGCAAACCUCAAUAAUUUGGUAGUAGACGCCUAUCAGAAACUCAUUUCAGAAGUGAAAGUUCAGGUGGAAAACCAGGUACAAGGCGUCUAUUUUAACGUUACCGCCAUCUGUCCAGAUGGGUCCAGAAAGCCAGGCACAGAUGGAUGCAGAAACGUGACCAGCAAUGACGAAGUUCUUUUCAAUGUAACAGUUACAAUGAAAAAAUGUGAUGUCACAGGAGGAAAAAACUAUGCAAUAAUCAAGCCUAUUGGUUUCAAUGAAACCACCAAAAUUCAUAUACAUAGAAACUGCAGCUGUCAGUGUGAUGACAGAAGAGAAGCUAAAGGAAAAUGUGUAGAUGAAAAUUUUCUGGACACUAACUGUUUCCAGUGUGAUGACAAUAAAUGUCAUUUUGAUGAAGACCAGUUUCCUUCUGAGAGUUGCAAGUCGCACAAGGAUCAACCUGUUUGCAGCGGUCGAGGAGUUUGUAUUUGUGGGAGAUGUUUAUGUCACAAAACUAAGCUUGGAAAAGUGUAUGGAAAAUACUGCGAAAAGGAUGAUUUUUCUUGUCCAUAUUACCUUGGAAAUCUGUGUGCUGGUCAUGGAGAGUGUGAAGCUGGCAGAUGUCAGUGCCACAGUGGCUGGGAGGGGGAUUGGUGCCAGUGCCCGUCGGCAUCAGCCCAACACUGUGUCAACUCAAAGGGCCAAGUAUGCAGCGGGAGAGGCACCUGUGUGUGCGGCAGGUGCGAGUGUACCGAUCCCAGGAGCAUCGGCCGUUUCUGUGAACACUGCCCCUCGUGUAAUACAGCGUGCAAUGAAAACUGGAAUUGUGUGCAAUGCCUUCACCCUCACAAUCUCUCUCAAGCUAUACUUGAUCAGUGUAAAUCCUCGUGUGCUCUCAUGGAACACCAUUCUGUGGACCAAACACCAGAAUGUUUCUCUAGCCCAAGCUAUUUAAGAAUAUUUUUCAUCAUCUUUAUAGUAACAUUCUUGAUUGGGUUGCUUAAAGUCCUUAUCAUCAGACAGGUGAUACUACAAUGGAGUAGUAAUAAAAUUAAGUCCUCGGCAGAUUAUAGAGGGCCAGCCUCAAAAAAGGAUAAGUUGAUUCUGCAUAGUGUUUGCACAAGAGCAGUAACCUACCGACGUGAGAAGCCUGAAGAAAUAAAAAUAGAUAUCAGCAAAUUAAAUGCUCAUGAAACUUUCCGUUGCAACUUCUAAAGAAGAUAGAAAGUACUUUGUGAGAAACUGGACAUUAAAUGAUUGCUCCUAAAAAUUCUCAUUUUAAAAGUCACAGGAGGAGUCAAAAUGUUCAAGGUCAUACCAGUUGCUGGUUGUUCACUCGAAUGAAGACUGACAGCAUCCUCAUCUUCACGUGACUCACGUAGCUGCUGAAAUUUCCAGAGAAUAAUGUCUUACUACUGUUUGAGACUAGUGUCGUGGUAGCACUUUACUGUAAUAUAUAACUUAUUUAGAUCAGCAUAGAAUGUAGGUCAUCUGAAGAGCACUGAUUACACUUUACAGGUACCUGCCAUUCCUAGCUUCCCAGAGAGAGACAAUGCUGUGAGAAGUUCAGCAUUUUGUCACUACAAGGGUACAGUAUUUCCUGCACUGAACAUGUAUGUGGAUUUAAAAAAAAAAAAAAAAAAUCAGUUGUACUAAUUUUGCCAAACACUUCAGCAGUUGGCAUUGAAUAGACAAGAACAGCUAGAUGAAUAAACGGUGAGCAUUUCACUUGUUCCAGAGAAGAAGAGAUAGACUCUUGGUCUCACAGGAAGGGAUGUUGCUUUUGAAAGUAGUUUUAUGCAUGUGUGUUUAUGUUCUCUUUCUUUCUUUCUCUUUUCAUAAGAGGGAUACUAACUCCAACCUCCUCUCCUCUUUGUCUUUAUAUUUGGUUCUUCUUUCUUACAGGAUAAGUUUAUAUAUGUCACAGAUGACUGGACUAAAUAAGUGCUAAGUUACUACUGCCAUAAAAACCUAAUAAUACAAUGUCACUUUAUGAAAAUACUGGUUUUUAAAGCUGAAUACUUAAUAAGGGACACUGUAAAUUAUCAUCAGAACCUGAAUAGCUUCAUUGUUUGUGGAUGUGGAGUUUUGUACCUUCUUACCUGGUAAACUGGAUAAGUUGUUUCAACAGCUCACUUAUCUAAUCAGUAAGCUGAAAUUCACAAGAUAUGUAGAAACUCUGCCAUCAAGCAAAGUGCCACACUUUUGAAUGAAUUUUCUUAGAUUUUAACUCCAAAUAGAUAUCAGCAUUUUUCUAAUCAAAAGCUAUAUUAUUUUUGUUCUUCAACACAGCCUAAGGACAAUAUUUCCCUGAUCCAUCCCAUCUCACCAGAAUCCAUGAAAGUAUAAAGUUAGAGGAUGGUAGAAGAUACCUUAGAAAUAAGCUAAUUUGCCUUUUGGUUAGUCAGAGAACUGAGACUCAAAGUUUAAAUGGUUUCUCCAAAAACACCCAAAUGAUAAGUAGCAGCAUUAGAAAAGGGUGUCUGUCAUAUUGCCAGGCCAGUGUUCAUUGCACAGUUAUCAUGCUACCUCUUGAAUCUUUAAAAUAUUCAAUUGGACAAGUAUUUUCAAGGUAAUUUACUGAGAUCUUAAGUAUAUGAGCAUGUGAAAGUUUGAAAACCAAAUAGAAAAGAGUAAUUCAAAGUGAAUUUCCCAUAACCAGCUUCCUACUUUUGUGAUAACAAGACUAAGAGACUUAGUUAAGCUUGACAUAACUCUAGGGGAACCUACUCACACAUUGCUUGAGUCAACAGCGCUUCUUGUUCCCCUGAGUGGUGCAAUGCUCAACUCCAGAACUUGAUAGAGAGGCAGGAAGCUUCUGACUGUUCUUCAAUGGAAACUUCUUCACAAUUACCAUAUCCCUGUUGACUCCUUAAAUCUGAUUUGAUUGGAUAGCAGUCCAACAGUCCUGUGUGCAAUACAGAACAGUGCCUAUGACGACGAAGGAAUUUAUUUAAAAUAUCUUCUUAUAAUUAACUCCCCACAUUUGCUGUCUUCCAUCACUUGAGUUAAUCAAAGUGCUAGAUAUUUGCGUCUUAAUGAAGACUAGCACCCACCCCAUAUUCAGCCCUAAAGAGGAGUGAAAAGCUUGGAAUAAGUUGUUCUGGAGCCAACAAACACAGAUACUCCACUAGCUGUCUCCCACAGCCAGACAAUCAUAACGCUAAACUGAACUGCAUUUCCUUCCCAAAAUGAGAGAUUGGGGACUUUGACAUGAUUCAGUACUGUGACUCACUUGUGUAAGAAACCUUUGAUCACCAAGGAAAAUGUAAAAAUCACGUUUUGCAGCCUACCUAUCACACAUAACAUCUUUUUUGAAAAGAAAAAUAAAUGGAUGCCUGACAACUCCCAUGAAAGGAGAAUUUGGAAUAUAUCCAUUAAUUUAAAUGCUGAUGAUUUAUAAAAUGAGCAUUGCAAUGUUCAUAAAAUAAUUUCCAUGUGGAAUAAAUUAUUCAAAAGAGCAUAAUAAAAUGAAACCCUGAAAAAUCCAGGCUUCAUAUUUUUUACACCCUCGUUAGUUUGCACUAACUUUGUAAGAGGCCAAGGCUGUUAUGGUUGGAAGGGACAAACUUCCUGAUAGGCGUUUCAAUGCUAGAUGAUGAUUGUAGCUACGCUUGUGAUGUUUUGUGCUUUCUUUUUACUUAAUGAUCUAAUUCUUAAAGAUCUUAGUGCUUACAUUUUACUUGAAUCAUUCAUGUUUUCCUGUAUAAUGGUUUGUAAGAAGAGAAUUAAUAUUUGACUAGUUAGAAUUAAUUUAAAAGAGAAGGGAAAACAGGGUAUUCUUAGAUUUAGUAAUUUAUGUAAAUAGAGCCUAUUUUCAACUAAUAUAACAAAAGGAGCCUUUUGAGAUUCAUUGAUAUUAAACACAAUUAAUGAAAUUUUAAAUUGUUAGCAAAAUCAAGAACUUGAAUAACACUUUUGGUAUGACAACAUUUUUGUGCUCUAAGGUAUGUAAUGAUCUAGAAAUGUGUCAUAUAUACACUACAAUAUAACUGCAUUUUAUUUCUUAUACUGCAGUAUGUGUGCAUUUAUAAACAUUUGAUAUAUUUUUGGAAAUUUUUUAAUAUUAAGCCAUAGACAUUCUCUGAAAGACUCAAAAAUUCACUAAGAAUCUGAUUAUGUUCUGUGUUUAAUUCAUCUUUGGCUUUAUAAAGCUAACCACCUCCAAAAAAAAAAAAAAAAAAAAACUAAGGUUAAACAGAGUAGAAAUCUCUAGAGGCAAAUUUUUCAAAACUGAAAAUAUAAAGUUAGUGAAUACAUCCGAGGUGACAAUUCACCAGAAAAUAAGUUUCAAAUAAUUUUAUAAUAUUUACUUAACCCAUAUUGGAGAUACUUAUAUCUGUAACAACAGGCAUCGUGAGACACUGAAAUGUGGUUUUUAUAGACUGAAAUUUUCUCUCCUUAUAAUUAAGCUUUUUUUUUUUUUUUUUAAUUCCUCAUGGGAUUUGGUAACCUAGGUAAGAUUCAAUGUAAAUGUUUCCUUCCUUUCUUCACACCUUUGUUUCCACUUGCGGAUCCCAAGAGAGUGCCCUAAAGCUUCAAGCUCAAUAAGUUAAAUUGUGAAAAAUAGCUGAAUGUAAUGGUAUGAUGUUGUUUAUUUUCAAACGUCUUUUAUUGAUUUUAAAACUCAGUUGACUCUAUGCUCCUGAACGAAGACAGACCAAUGAAAAACUAAGAAUUUUAAAUUUUCACAAUUGUUUGAAUUCCUUUCAAUUUUGAAAGAUUUGAGAUAUGUAAGUUUUCACGAAAGUCUCAAGUGAAAUACAGCUUCUUGAGAGUUCAAUCAUGUGCAUAUUGUAUUCUGUUUACUUACUCUUAAUAUUUAAUUUAAGACUAUCCUUAUCUGUAUUGACCUUAAGAACUCUAUUUCAUGAGAUGCAAACAUAUUUUUUAAAGGAAUAUGGAACUAGCAUUCUUUAGAAUCAUUUUUUUUAAUAAUUCCUCUAUUGCAAAUGUAUUAUGCUUAAUUGAUUAUACAUAUCCAUAUUCAAUCUCAUUGAUUCUAAGACACUCACUUUUUGGAGUUAACAUCUCUGAAAUUGUGAUGUAACUUGGAAUUGUUGGCAUCUUAGGUACAGCGUUUAGAGUUGUGUGUGAAUAAAUAUUACACUAAUUCAUCUUCAAACAUAUAUAUGGGUAUGGGGUGUUCCUUUUCUAAUAAAUAAUUGAGAAUCCAUUUAUGACAACACGUGAAGCCAAUUUUCCGUGCAGCUGGGUCACAUACAAUGCAAAAUGGGGCCCAGCAGUCUUAUACGAGCUCAGAUCCUGCUGAUUUUUGGUUAUAAAUGCUCUUUCAGGUUCUUAUUUAUACUUUUUGCUGGUGGCUGUGGUUUUAGCCAACCCGAAGUUAACUGACGGAAAUCGGUAGGUUUCUGUCAGAUUUGGGAACAACUCUUGAUUCUUUCAGUUCCUUUCUAAGGGAUUCUUUUUUAUGUGAUCAUCUCAGUUUUAAACAGAGAAACUGGAAAAAUAUUACAUAAAACCAUCAUAAUUAGAUUUUUCAGCAUCUUAGAUGUUUUAUGUCCAUAAGGGGAGAAAAAAUGAUACAACCAACCUGUGCUGUGGAAAGCAGUGUUUCUCUUGACCCUCCGACUUUCUUUCUUUUUUUUUUUUAAUCACUUCUGUUUUCUCAUUUGAUUUUUUUCUUGGCUCUGAUAAAGUUACCUUUAAGCCCAUGUAAUGACUACCAUAUAACUGUAUAUUUAAGUUAUUUGAAUUAUAUGACACAAUUAUUCAGCCAUCUGGGCAGCUGUUAAUGAAAUACCUGAGAGUAAUAACACUACUCUUUUGUCUACCUGGAAUACUUUUCUGCAUAAAAUUUUAUCUUUGUAAGUUAACUCCGUUAAUCAGGUUUCUAGCCUCUGCAAGCUACUUCUUAAGUUAAAAAUGUCUGAUGCAACAAUAUAAAAUACCACUGCAGUCUUCAAGAAUGGAAAAUAUGUGAUUUACACAAAAACCUUUUGACUUUACACAGUCCCACAGAUACAUGUGAUUUUGAAAAGAAUUAUACACAAUGAGAAGUAUGGUAUAUAGAUUAUAUUAAGAAUAUUGAGUAUAAAAUAUUUUAAUUCUAAAUUAUCAGAAGAAAUAAAUUUGCACAUACUAAUAUAGAAAUUCAUUUUGCAUAUAUUUAACAUACCUUGAAAACUAUUUUACAUUUACCAGCUACUUCUUUAAAGUUUUUAAACCUCUGAAAUAAAUAAUGUUUUUAAAUUAUCAGUAACAUUACUUUGUUUCACUUACUAUGUACUGCCUUUGUAAAAACAAAUUUAAUAUAGAAUGUAUUUUUAAAUGAAAAUAUUUGAAUAUAAAAUAGGUCUAAGAAAUAAAUUCUCAUUAAACAUAUUUCUUAUCAUUUCCAGCUUUGAAUUAAGUAAAGUUAAAUUGACUUAAAUAUGAAAAAUUGGUAGAUAUGGUAAUUUCACAUACUAUGAACCUGUUCAUAUAACUCUGACUACUAACUUCUAUUUGAUGUAUUUAUUAAGGAGCUGACACUGUAGUUUGUGGUGAGAUGUUUAUUUUUCUAACAGAGCUUAUAACAGUUAUGACAAGGCAUUUAAUUAAUGCAUCAUUCUGUUUAAAAGUAGGUGUUAACCAAUAUGAAAUUUAAUGUUUUGAAAUAAAAAAUGUAAAGAUCUAAAAAUGCUCCGAAUGCUUUUUUAUGUACACAAUGUGCUACAUGACCGUCUAAGCAUCCAGAAGACAGCACAUUGUCAAAUGGGGUAAAUGAAUAAUCUGUUUUUUAAGGAUCAGCACAAAGACAGUUCCUAUGAAGUGGAGGUUAAAGAUGACCCAAAUGUCCAACGUUUCCACAUUGCUGUACCACUCCAUCAUCUUUAAUGUCAACCACUCCUCAGCACUUUCCUUCCUGUCUUUGGGCUCUGUAAUUCACUGCCAUGUCUCACAGAACUCACAAACUGUAUCAAGGCAACGGCUCACGUGGCUGUGGAGGCCAUGGGUCAGGUGUAGGCUUCUCCUUACAUGGCUGCAGGGGCUGAUGAACCCAAAUCAGUGGGCCAGAUGACAGACUGCUGGCUCACAAGGCUGCAGAAGCUGGCUAAUCAGGUCAAAUGAUAGACUGCUGGCCCAUCGGGCUGCAGAAGCUGGUGAAGCCCAGAAUCAUGAGGAAAGAUGGCAAGCGACUGGCUCAAGGCCCAAGAAAUGGAGGUCAGACAAUGAUACAGGAUCUAGGUGCAGAGAAAGAGAGCCCUGCCAGAGCACCUACAUAUAUACCUUGGAUUCAGGCUACACCCCAGGGAAGGGCAUAACUUGAGCAAGGGUAGGACUUUAGUCGUGCCCUCCUGCAAGCCUGUGACUCAAGAUACACCCCACACUAACCCUGCCUCAUUAACACGUAUAGAGAUUAGGAUUUACAACACAUAAAAUGGAGGAUAACUGGGAUAAUUACACCAGAUCACAAAAUGAAGGACAACCAUGUAAUACUGGGAAUCAUGGCCUAGCCAAGUUGACACGUAAGCCAACAAUCACAGUUUCCACAUACCUUAUUUGUAUGUUGUUGUUGUUAGGUGCCACCGAGUUGGUUCCAACUCUUGGCGACCCUAUGUGCAACAGAACAAAACACUGCCCAGUUCUGUGCCGUCCUCACAGUCGUUAUGCUUAAACCCAUUGUUGCAGCCACUGUGUUAAUCCAUCUCCUUGAGGAUCUUCCUCAUUUUGCUGACCCUCUGGUUUACCAAGCACAAUGUCCUUCUCCAGGGACUGAUCCCUUCUGACAAAACGUCCAAAGAGUGUGAGACCUAGUCUCACCAACCUUGCUUCUAAGGAACAUUCUGGUAAUACUUCUUCCAAGACAGAUUUGUUCAUUUUUCUGGCAGUCCGCGGUAUAUUCAAUAUUCUUCUCCAACACCACAAUUCAAAGGCAUCAAUUCUUGUUCUGUCUUCCUUAUUCAUUGUCCAGCUUUCACAUGCAUAGAAGGCAAUUGAAAACACCAUGGCUUGGGUCAGGCACACCUUAGUCUUUAAGGUGAUCUUUGCUUUUCAAAACUUUAAAGAGGUCCUUUGCAGCAGAUUUGCCCAAUGCAAUGGGGCUUUUGAUUUCUUGACUGCUGCUUCCAUGGCUGUUGAUUGUGGAUCCAAGUAAAAUGAAAUCCUUGACAACUUCAAUCUUUUCUCUGUUUAUCAUGAUGUUGCUUAUUAGUCCAGGUGCAAGGAUUUUUCUUUUCUUUAUGUUGAGGUGCAAUCCAUACUGAAGGCUGUGGUCUUUGAUCUUCAUUAGUAAGUGCUUCAAGUCCUCUUCACUUUCAGCGAGCAAGGUUGUGUCAUCAGCAUAAUGCAGGUUGUUCUUGAGUCUUCCUCCAAACCUGAUGCCCCGUUCUUCUUCAUACAGUCCAGCUUCUUGGAUUAUUUGCUCAGCAUACAAGUUAAGUAGGUAUGGGGAAAGUAUACAACCCUGACCCACAUCUUUCCUGACUUUAAAUCACAUAGUAUCCCCUUGUUCUGUCCAAACAACUACCUCAUGAUCUAUGUACAGGUUCCUCAUGAGCACAGUUAAGUGUUCUGAAAUUCCCAUUCUAUGCAGUGUUAAUCAAUAAUUUGUUAUGAUCCACACAGUUGAAUGCCUUUGCAUAAUCGAUAAACCACAGGUAAUCAUCCUUCUGGUAUUCUCUUUUUUGCCAGGAUCCAUCUGACAUCAGCAAUGAUAUCCCUGGUUCCAUGUCCACUUUUGAAUCUAGCCUGAAUUUCUGGCAGUUCCCUGCUGAUAUACUGCUGCAGACGCUUUUGAAUGACCUUCAGCAAAAUUUUGUUUGCGUGUGAUAUUAAUGAUAUUGUUCAAUAAUUUCCGCGUUUGGUGGUAUCACCUUUCUUGGGAAUGCGCAUAAAUAUAGAUCUCUUCCAGUCGGUUGGCCAAGUAGCAGUCUUCCAAAUUUCUUGGCAUGGAUGAGUGAGUACUUCCAGCACUGCCUCCAUUUGUUGAAAAAUCUCAAUUGGUAUUUCAUCAAUUCCUGAAAACUUGUUUUUUGCCUAUGCCUUCAGUGCAGCUUGGACUUCUUUCUUCAGUACCAUUGGUUCCUGCUUAUAUGGUAUCUCCUGAAAUGGUUGAACAUCAACCAGUUCUUUUUGAUAUAGCAACUCUGUGCAUUCCUUCAAUCUUUUUUCAAUGUUUCCUGAGUCAUUUAAUAUUUUUCCCCAUAGAAUCCUUUAAUAUUGCAACUCGAGGUUUGAAUUUUUUUCUUCAUACCUGGGGUAAAGACUGCAGCACCCGGUAUUCGCAGGCAGUUUCUCAUCCAAGUACUAACCAGGUCUGACUCCACUUAGCUUCUGAAAUUAGAAGAGAUUGGGUAUGUUCAGGGUGGUAUGGCCGUAGACCUUUUCAUAGUCCCACUCAGUCAUUUGAUGUGAGUCACAAAGACUAUGACUAGAAAGGCCAUAUCAAGUAAUUCAUUGUACCACAUAGGGAAGUGGAUUAUUCAUACACUGUCAGUGGCAGAAGACAUCACAUAUUUCCAAAAAGUUACUACUUCCAGAAAAUUGUAGGGUCACUGAUGAAGAGAGGGGCUAUUUCAGUUGUUCUGUUUCCCUUCUGAUAGCUGCCCAAUAGUGGAAGGAGAAAGGAUAUUCCAAGCACAUAGAGCUGAAAGAGUAGCUAGAAACUAAAACAAGCUUCUUCCACCUGCCAGAGAUGGCUACUAUCACCCUGAUAUAGAUUUAACAUGUUCAUGAACUUCAAUUAUUCUUAAGGUCACAUUUAAACAAUUGAAAUUUAUUAACUAACCAUGCAUUGUGAUUUCUCUUAUUUGACCUAGGAGAGAGGGUGAAGCAAAAAGGGGAUGGCACAUUAAAAAGAUGAAUAAGAUAUGUAGACAGAUCAAUUCCCUGUCCUCAGGGAGCUUCCUAGAGUUUGAAGGAAAAAGUAUGCAUAGCACACCUUUAAACAGAAGUAUUGUCUGGGAGAGAGAGAAUGGAAACCAUCAAGAGGGAUCACAAAGCCUUUGGUUUUGAGAAUUCAUCCCAAUUGGGCUUAGGCUGAAGCCUUGAAGACUCAGAAUCCUGAUUUGGUUAUGAUUCUUCCUUCCCCCUUUAGUAACAGGAUCCCACCUCCUGAGUUUCAGUACAGAGUUUCAACAGAGCACACAGCUGACACUUAAAUUCCCAAACUCCUUUGCAGCUAAAUGUGGCUACAGAACUAAAUGUUGGCCAUAGUGACAGUGGAGGAAAUGAUAGUGCAACCUCAGGUCUCACUUUCUCUCCCCCUCCCUCCCUGUUGUUUGACAACUGGAGCAGCUGUUUUGGUGAAGGAAGCCCCGUGCUGAAACUGUCAAACAUGGAUUACUCACAGCAAGACCCAUCCUGAUAGGGAAACAAUUACAGCUAAAACCACUGCAUUUGUGGGGUUCUGAUAUGGGGCAGUUCUACUCUGUCCUACAGAAUUGCUAUGAGUCAAAACCAACUCGACACUGGUGGGUGGAUGUUAUUGCAGAUAGGCUUUACUUUAAUGCCAUAGUCUUCAUAUAUAAACAUCUUGUUGAAUUCUCAGUGAUACGUUGCAAGGAGAGUUCUGUUUCUCUCCAUUUUUUCAAAUAAGAAAAAUGAGACACAGAGAAGUUAAGGAUCUUUUAAUAAACUCAUGCAUCCAUUAAGUAGCCAAAGCAGCAUUCAUACCUAGAUCUGUUUUUCUCUCCAUAAAUAACUGAUCAUAUGUAUUGUGAGGAUAGAUUUUACUAGUUCAACUCUCAGAAGUUAACCUUUGCCCCCAUUCAGUGUAAGACACAUGCAAUAAAUACAGCUGAGGAGCUGAUAUAUGUGCACAAAUAUUACACAGGAAAAAAAUGAGAAGAAUUAGAAAUGACAGACAAAAUGCUGGGUUCAUUCAGAUGCACAAGUUAGGUUGAGACGUAUGAGAAGGCCCACGGAGGAAACAACAUUUGGCCUCAGCCUCAGAGGAAAGGUGAGCUGGACAUGCAGAAAGGGAAUUAAAGGAGUUCUACGGGAAGGGCAAAGCAUGACCAAAGCCAGGAAAGAGUGAGGACUCCGUUCAACAGCAUUGGUAUCUUGUUGAGAUACAGCAUUGGAUAAUGAAAGACAGUAACCCGCAGGUGCUAGUUAUGGAGAGCUUGAUUUCUAGGCUAAAAAGUUUGAACUUUGGUUACUAGGAAAGGGCAAGCCUCCGACGUUUGUGCAUAGAAAAGUGAUAUGCUUGGAAUUAAAUAUGGGUGCUAAGUACUCAUAUAAACAUAAUUUUUAAUUAAACUUUAAAUUUUAUACCCUCUCAUACUUAAUUUAGGAGCCCUGGUGGCACCGAAAGAAGUCCUGGUGGUGCAGUAGUUAAGCACUUGGCUGCUAACUGAAAGGUCAGCAGUUCGAACCCACCAGCCUCUCCACAGGAGAAAGAUGUGACAGCUUCUGUAAAGACUUACAGCCUUGAAAACCCUAUGGGACAGCUUUACCCUGUCCUAUAAGGUUUCUCAAAGUGGGUAAGGGCUUAGCUGCUGACCGGCUGCUAACCAAAAAGUCGACAGUUGGAAUCCACCAACCACUCCUUGGAAAACGCUACAGGGCAGUUCUGCUCUUUCCUAUGGGGUUGCUGAGUUGGAAUCGACCCGAUGGCAGUGGGUUUGACUUGGUUUUGUAUAAGGUUGCUGUGAGUCAACAUCUACUCCAUGGCCGUGAACUUUGGUUUGGUGGCACAAUGGUUGGGCACUUGGCUGCUAACCGAAAGCUCAGUUUUUCAAAUCCACCAGCUGCUCUGCAGGAGAAUGAUGUGGCUCUCUACUUCCAUAAGGUUUACAGCCUUGGAAACCCAAUGGGGCAGUUCUACUCUGCACACAUGGGGUCACCAUGAGUCGUAAUCAACUCCACAGCAACUAACAACAACUUGUUCAUUGAGAAAAGAAUGCACAGGAUGUGAUACCAAACAUCAAACCUUGGUAACAAAUAAAUGUUCAACAAGAGGAGAUUGGUUACAUAAAUUGUUUUUGAAUGGAACAGAUCGGUGCGUUUAUCAUAGCAGAGUAGAAGGAGAGAGUUCAGAGGAAAAUAUUCAUGUUGGGAAGGUUUGGAUGGUUGCACUGUAAAAUAGGAGGGCAAUCCAAAUUGUGACAAACAGGGCCAGGGAAGUGAGCUUGGAUACUUGUCAUGAGGAAGUAAAGGUCUAGACAAAAGUAGAGAAGGAGGGAAUAUGAGCUACUGCUGCAAGGAAGACUUGAGAGAACUUGGGAACUGGUAGAUAGAGGCAAUAAGGAAAGGUGUUAGUCAGAGGGGAAUCGGAUGCCAGCUCCAAAAGUUUACUGCAGACUUUUAUCCAAACUGGAUGAAACUCCCAACCUAGUCUCACAGACCACAUUGCUUUGGCAAUACAUAAUUUUAGACUAAGUUCUAACUUCAUCAAAAUAUUUGUCCAGUCAAAUCUAAAGUUGGGAAAUUAUAGACUAUGUCAAUGAUCAUACUUGCAAAUAUUAUCAAAAUAAACCAUUUGAAAGACAGGCAAGGUCCUUUUUUAAUGUAAUUAUCCAUAUAUGACUAUUUUGGUCAUAAUAUUCACAGAAGCAUUGGCAGUCUGCAAAAGAAAAACCAAUGGUGCCUUGUCCUUCAACUUGGCAACCCUGUAGCACAUAUUUGGACUGGUACAUUAUUUAGUACUCAGCCUAGUGCUGUUCAGACUUCUCUCAGCAAAUUGCCUUAAGGUUUCAAAUAUUCAUAGAUUAGAGUGGUGACGGGGAAACUCUCUUUAUUGAGCUUUGGCAUACUCUACGCUGUUUUUCCUUUGUUAUGACUACAAAAUUCAUUCUAACCAUCAUUGAAGUCUUAAAAGAUAAUUAUCCAUUUAAGAAUGUCUUAAUUUGUCAUUAACAAGUACUUCUUUUUUUUUUUGCUUUUUCCCCUCUGGAUAAUCUGUAAGUCAGUGGAUAUCAAAAAGGGUUAUUCUUUGACAAGCAAAGUCAGCAUCUCCUGGGAACUUGCUAGAAAUGCAAAUUCUUGGACCCUAGCCCAGACCUCCUGAAUCAGAAACUGGGAAUGGGGCCCAGCAAUCUGUAUUUUAAAUAGUUCUCCAAGUAAUUCUGAUAACUGUCAAAAUUUGGGAACUAUUUCCAUACAGAGUGAAAACUAGUAUCCAAAGACCAUAACCAUAGGUUAUGUUCACCAAUGUACCUAGACCAGGGCCUGGAUCAUAGCAAAAACAACAACAACAACAACUUGUUGCUGUGGAGUUGACUCUAACUCAUAGCAACCCCAUGUGUUAUAGAGUAGAACUGCUCCAUAGGGUUUUCUUGGCUAAAAGUUUGGCAGUUCAAAGCCACCAGCAGCUCCACUGGAGUACAGACCUGGUGAUCUGCUCCUGUAAAGACUACAGCCUAGGAAACCCUAUAGGUAAGUUCUACUCCAUUAUACAUGGUCACUAUGAGUUGGAAUCAAGUUGACAGCACAAAACAACAACAAUCUUUACAGAAGAAGAUUGCCAGGCCUUUCUUCUACAGCACUGCUGGGAGGGUUUGAGUUGCCAACCCCUAGGUUAGUAGACCAGUGCAAACAUUUUGUGCCAUCCAGAGACCUUGGAAAAUACCAAGUACUCAACAAAUAAAUGUUGAGUGAGUCGACGAUUUUCCAUUUUCUCUGGGCCCUUUAGACACACCCCUGACAAAACAUUGUGUUCAAAAUUUGUUCUUUCUUAGAGUUAAAAGGAAAGUAAGUCAUAAAAUAAUUGCAUGUCAUGUUGUUUUAAAAAAUCCACUUCAUUACUUUCUAAAAACAGCUUAAAUUCUCCAGUGUACAUAGAGGCCUACAGGAAAUAUUGUGCCUAAGGCCGGUCUUCAUUUUUCUCUCACUGAAACCCUUUAUAUUCUCCUCAAAAGCUAAAUUAAUGUAGUUUUAAUUGUGAUAUAGUAACAGUUCUCUAUCACUGCUAUAGUUCAUAGGGAAAUUCCUAACUGGGUCUCUUGAGUUUCAUCUUGGUCAAAAGACUAGAUUUUUUCUUCAUACUUUGCAUGCAACUUCUCUCCCCUCUCUGUUCAGAAGUGUUUAAGUAUCGAGGUCUGUAGUUCUCUGUGUAGUACCUGGGGUCUGAAAAGCUUGCAAGCAGCCAUCCAAUGUACAAAAGUUGGUCUCUAUUUGCCUGGAGCAGCAGAGGAAGAUAGAGAGUCAGGAAUUAGAGGAAGAACUGGCAUAAGUGUCCAAUCGCCUCCAUGAACAACUGCCUCAUUUGUUGUGAGACCAAAAGAACCAGAUGGUGCGUAGCUACCAUUACUGAACAUUUUGAUCAAAUAUUCAUAGAAGAAUACUGAUCAAAAGGGAGGGAAAUGCAGAAUAGAAUUUCAAAUUCUUAUGGAAUCCAGACUUUCUGGAGCCAUUGAGGCUGAAUGACUCCCAACACUACUGCCCUGAAUAAAUCAUUAAACCUUAAACCAAAACUAUCCCCCGACUUCAUCUUUAAAUCACACCAUAAAGUUCAGCUUAAUUAGAAGAGAAUGUCCACCUCGAGCAUUGUGUUCUUUUAAAGAAUUAUCUAUAUGAAAACAAACUGAUAACACCAAACUGAAAGGUUAGAGCCUUACAAGGCAAUGAAUUUUGUGUUGAUGAUGGUGAAACAAUUCAGAAAUGAAUAUCAAGAAAGAUGAUACAACUUAAAGAAUGUAACCAAUGUCACUGGGUUGUACAUAUAGAAAUGGUAGAAUUGAUGUAUGUUUUGCAGUGUAUAUCUUCACCAGAUCCGUUGGUCAUGUAUAGGAAUGCAAGGAGGACAGCCACUCCCAAGGAUGGCAGUGUUUAGAAUCCCUUCCAUUCUACAACCUAGUCCCUGUCUCCCACUUUAAAGAAUCCAUAUUUGUUUACUCUUUUUAUCUUAAGUCUAAGUCAUGUUUUCUUCCUUGCCUUCGACCCAAUUUUAUCUGAUCUUGAGAAAAGAAAAAAUUGCUUUGCAUUCAAACAUUCAAAUUUGUCUUUCUUCCACUAAAUUUUUGUCUAUUUUAUUAAUAGUUCUGGUUUAGUUUGACUUGAAAAAGUGAAAAUGAGUCCCAGGGUACCAAUGAAUAGCAAAAGGAAAGGGAAACAAAAGGUGGAAACGAUCUCAAUGUCCAUCAGCAGAUGAAUAGUUAAACAAAAUGUGGUAUAUACAUACAAUAGCCAUAAAGAGAAAUGAAGUCCUGAUACAUGCUACAACAUGGAUGAAACUUGAAAACAUGCUUAGUGAAGAAAGUCACAAAAGGACAAAUACUGUAUGAUCCCACUUCUAUGAAAUAUCAGAAUAGGCAAAUGUAUAGAGAUCAAAGUUUAUUUGUGGUUACUAGGGGUGGGAGGGAAAGGGGAAGAGGAAGUCAUUGCUUAGGGGGAACUGAGCUUCUGUUAAGGGUGAUGGGAAAAUUUGGCAAUGGAUAUGGGUGAUUGUUACACAAUAUGAACAAUGUAAUUGAUGUUCCUGAAUUUGUACGUUUAACAAAAUGUUAAAAAGGCAAAUGUUAUAUGUGUAUAUAUAUAUAUAUACCACAAUUUUAAAAACUAUUUUUAAAGAAGGGAGGAGAGAUAUAUAUAAAAAUAUAUGGAAGGGUUAGCCAUACACAAAAAAAAUGAGUGAACCAUCAAUAAAUAAAAAAGAGUGUGCUUCCCAUCACUGGAAAAACUGAACCAAGUCAGAAGCUAGGAGAUCAACUGUCAAUAUAUGUGUAUAUAGGUAUGGAGCCUUGGUGGCACAGUGGUUAAGAGCUCAGUUGUUAAUCAAAAGGACGAUGGUUCAAAUCCACCAGCCAUUCCUUGGAAGCCCUGUGGGGCUGUUCCACUCUGUCCUACACAGUUGCUAUGAGUCAACAGCAAUGGAUUUGGUUUGGUUAUAUAUAUAUAUUUUAAGCAACGGAACUUCUUGGACUGAUGGAAAGUAUAAAUCUAAAAAGCACAGACUUGUUCAACUCAAUUCUCCGAGAACCUUCACCUGGAAGAUAGUAUCAUGGAUCUACUUACUAUGUUAGGCUUUUUAUGAGCUGUGAUUUCUGUGUAUAUUCCAUUUUCCUAGUAACCUACUAAAUGCAAAAUAGGCCAGUACAUAAUUUAAGAUAUAAAUUGUUUUAGUGAAAGGGUCUAUCUUCUCUUACAAGUGUUUAUUGUUCAGCUAGAGAGAGUAACUGGCCAUUCUAUUCUCAUAUUUAGUGGGUAAACCUGAAAUAAGAAAGUGAAAAAAAUUCAAUUUCUAUGGGCAAAAAAGAACAGUUUUUAAAACCUAAAUUUUGAGGUUGUUUUCCAGUAUUGAGAGCAGAAAAAUAAGUAAAGUGAUUAUAUAACCCAAAUGUAAAGUAACAUCAAAAUCAAAAAUAAUAAGAUGGCAAACAGUCAGCAAUAAAAAAUGCAAUAAAUAUUUUCUAUUCAUAUAGUGGAAUAUUGUAUAACCAUCAAAAUAUUUUAAGAAAAAUAAUGAAUAACCUGGGAAAUACUAACGGUAUAAUGAGAAGAAAAACUACAUAACGAAACUGUAUUGCAUAUACAGAAUUUUUAAAACAAUAAGGAAAUAGCUCAAGGGAUUAGUUAUGUUUUGAGGGUUAUUAAUUAUCUCUUGCGAGUACAAUCAUAUUUAUUGUUUUUGUACUUCAUUGCCUCAUGGUCUUCUUCCACAUAAAGCAGUCUGUCCAGUUGGGUUCUAAUCCGCCUUCCCUCAGCCUACAUAUGCAAUGCCAUUACCUUUGCCACUAAUUCCCCUUCUCUUUCCUCGUUCUCCCGGUCUGUGUUCCCCCAAGUGUAGUCCAUAGAAGGUACUGUGGGAGCUUGCGUGUUGCUGUGAUGCUGGAAGCUAUGCCACUGGUAUUCAGAUACCAGCAGGGUCACCCAUGGAGGACAGGUUUCAGCUAAGCUUCCAGACUAAGACAGACUAGGAAGAAGAACCUGGCAGUCUACUUCUGAAGAGCAUUAGCCAGUGAAAGCCUUAUGAAUAGCAGCAGAACAUUGUCUGGAAGAUGAGCCUCCCAGGUUGGAAGGCACUCAAAAGAUGACUGGGGAAGAGCUGCCUCCUUGAAGUAGAGUCGACCUUAAUCACGUGGAUGGAGUAAAGCUUUCAGGACCUUCAUUUGCUGAUGUGGCAUUACUCAAAAUCAGAAAAAACAACUGCAAACAUCCAUUAAUAAUUGGAACAUGGAAUAUACGAAGUAUGAAUCUAGGAAAAUUGGAAAUUGUCGAAAAUGAAAUGGAACGCAUAAACAUUGAUGUCUUGGCAUUAGUGAGCUGAAAUGGACUGGUAUUGGCCAUUUUGAACAAUCAUAUAGUCUACUAUGCUGGGAAUGACAACUCGAAGAGGAAUGGUGCUGCAUUCAUCAUCAAAAAGAACGUUUCAAGAUCUACCCUGAAGUACAACACUGUCAGUGAUAGGAUAAUAUCCAUACGCCUACAAGGAAGACCAGUUAAUAAGACUAUUAUUCAAAUUUAUGCACCAACCCCUAGAGCCAAAGAUGAACAAAGAGAAAAUUUUUAUCAGCUGCUGCAGUCUGAAAUUGAUCAAACAUGCAAUCAAGAUGCAUUGAUAAUUACUGGCAAUUGGAAUGUGAAAAUUAGAAACAAAGAAGAAGGAUCAGUAGUUGGAAAAUAUGACCUUGGUGAUAGGAACAAUGCCGGAGACCGAAUGAUAGAAUUUUGCAAGACUAAUGACUUCUUCAUUGCAAAUACCUUCUUUCAACAAUAUAAACGGUGGCUAUUUUUUUUUUUUUAUACACAUGGAUGGAUAACCUGGUGGCAUAGUGGCUAAGUGCUGCAGCUGCUAACCCAAGGGUCAGCAGUUCAAAUCCACCAGAUGCUCCUUGGAAACUCUAUGAGACAGUUCUACUCUGUCCUAUAGGGUCACUAUGAGUCGGACUCAACUUGAAGGCACUGGGUUUGGCUUUUUGGUUAUACACAUGGACCUCACCAGAUGGAGCACACAGAAAUCAAAUUGACUACAUCUGUGGAAAAAGACGAUGGAAAAGCUCAAUAUCAACAGUCAGAACAAGGCCAGGGGCCAACUGUGGAACAGCCCAUCAAUUGCUCAUACGCAAGUUCAAGCUGAAACUGAAGAAAAUCAGAGCAAGUCUACGAGAGCCAAAAAUAUGACCUUGAGUAUAUCCCACCUGAAUUUAGAGACCAUCUCAAGAAUAGAUAUCACACAUUGAACACUAGUGAUUGAAGACCAGACGAGUUGUGGAAUGACAUCAAGGACAUCAUCCAUGAAGAAAGCAAGAGGUCAUUGGAAAAGACAGGAAAGAAAGAAAAGACCAAAAUGGAUGUCAGAGGAGACUCUGAAACUUGCUCCAGAACGUCAAGCAGCUAAAGCAAAAGGAAGAACUGAUGAAGCAAAAGAACUGAACAGAAGAUUUCAAAGGGCCUCUCGAGAAGACAAAGUAAAGUAUUAUAAUGACAUGUGCAAAGAGCUGGAGAUGGAAAAUCAAAAGAGAAGAAUGCGCUCAGCGUUUCUCAAGCUGAAAGAACUGAAGAAAAAAAUUCAAGCCUCGAGUUGCAAUAGUGAAGGAUUCUAUGGGGAAAAUGUUAAAUGACACAGGAAUCAUCAAAAGAAGAUGGAAGGAAUACAGAGAGUCGUUAUACCAAAAAGAAUUAGUCGAAGUUCAACCAUUUCAAAAGGUGGCAUAUGAUCAGGAACCGGUGGUACUGAAGGAAGAAGUCCAAGCUGCUCUGAAGGCAUUGGCGAGUAACAAGUCUCCAGGAAUUGAUGGAAUAUCAACUGAGAUGUUUCAACAAACAGAUGCAGCGCUUGAGGUGCUCACUCAUCUAUGCCAAGAAAUAUGGAAGACAGCUUCCUGGCCAACUGAUUGGAAGAGAUCCAUAUUUAUGCCUCUUCCCAAGAAAGAUGAUCCAACCAAAUGUGGAAAUUAUAGAAUAUCAUUAAUAUCACACGCAAGAAAAAUUUUGCUGAAGAUCAUUCAAAAACGGCUACAGCAGUAUAUUGACAGGGAACUGCCAGAAAUUCAGGCCAGUUCCAGAAGAGGACAUGGAACCAGCGAUAUCAUUGCUGAUCUCAAAUGGAUCCUGACUGAAAGCAGAGAAUACCAGAAGGAUAUUUACCUGAGUUUUAUUGACUAUGCAAAGGCAUUCGACUGUGUGGAUCAUAACAAACUAUGGGUAACACGGCAAAGAAUGGGAAUUUCAGAACACUUCAUUGUGCUCAUGAGAAAGCUUUACAUAGAUCAAGAGGCAGUUGUUCAGACAGAACAAGGGGAUACUGAUUGGUUUAAAGUCAAGAAAGGUGUGCGCCAGGGUUGUAUUCUUUCACCAUGCCUAUUCAAUCUGUAUGCUGAGCAAAUAAUCUGAGAAGCUGGACUAAAUGAAGAAGAACGGGGCAUCAGGAUUGGAGGAAGACUCGUUAAGAACCUGCGUUAUGCACAUGACACAGCCUUGCUCGCUGAAAGGGAAGAGGACUUGAAGCACUUACUAAUGAAGAUCAAAGACCACAGCCUUCAGUGUGGAUUGAACCUCAACAUAAAGAAAACAAAAAUCCUCACAACUGGACCAAUGAACAACAUCAUGAUAAACGGAGAAAAGAUUGAAGUUGUCAAGGAUUUCAUUUCACUUGGAUCCACAAUUAGCAGCCAUGGAACCAGCAGUCAAGAAAUCAAAAGACACAUUGCAUUGGGCAAAUCUGCUGCAAAGGAC